CUCUCUCUAACACACACACACACACACACAAACUCAUUGAUCCAACAUGAGCAACAUAAGUUUGGUUGAGGCCACACUCCCUCCAGGCUUCAGAUUCCAUCCCCGCGAUGAAGAGUUGAUAUGCGAUUACUUGUUCAACAAGUUUUCUCUCUCUGGUUCACCUCUUCUUAUUGAAAUCGAUCUAAACAAGUGUGAGCCGUGGGAUCUUCCUGAAACCGCAUGUGUUGGAGGCAAGGAUUGGUACUUUUAUAGCCAUCGAGAUCGAAAAUAUGCAACCGGAUUACGUACAAAUAGGGCCACGGUGUCGGGGUACUGGAAGGCAACGGGAAAAGACAGAUCUAUCCUUCGAAACCGUACCCUUGUUGGCAUGAGAAAGACUCUUGUUUUCUAUCUUGGAAGGGCACCGAAGGGAAAGAAAAGUAAUUGGGUAAUGCAUGAAUUUAGACUACAAGGUCCUCAAACACCUUCGGUUGAUUCUUCGCUCAAGGAUGAUUUGGUGUUGUGUAGAGUGUUUUGCAAGAAUAGAGAAACAACUGAUGAAAAACAAAACAACUUGGGAAGCAUAAACAAGUAUAGAAGCCAUGAAGACACAAUAAAAUGUUCUUCAUCUCUCCCACCACUAAUGGAACCUUACAGUCUCUCCUUUGACCAAAGUCAACACGCCUACAACAACAACAAUAAUAUCUUCAACCAGCAAGUACCCUGCUUCUCCACCAUUUUCAACCAAUAUAAUCCCCAAUGUGAUCUCAUUAACAACCACCAUGUGUUCUCCACCAUCAUAUCACCACCACCACAACCACCCAAUCUUACGAUAUCAUCACCAUCUUCUUCAUCGUCGUCACAUUGUGGUGGGAAGAAAGAUGUGAUCAAAGCCGUUUUGAAUCGUUUUAACGACGCCACUUUCAGCUUUGGUGAAGAGAAUUCUGAUCAAAGCUUUUUGUCGGAUGCAGAUUUGGCUGUUACCAUGUGGUACCCUUGAUUUCCAUCAUGUUCUUGUUGUUAAUUUGUUACUAAUAGGGUUACUUUUAUGUUCAUGUCAUUGUAUAUAAACAAUCAUUGUAUAUAAACAAAAGUUACUAUUUUGA